CACUCGCUCUCGACUCCGUAACAAGAAUGACUUGCGGGAAGCUCGGCGACGUAUUUCCAGUCCCCUGGUCGCAGCUGAAAGUCCUCAACCUCAGUUGCCUCAAUCUCGUACAUGACUUCCCCGCCAUCUUUCCCCAUCUCACUUCCCUCGAGCGCCUGAGCAUCGACAUCAUGCGCUUUUACGAUUUCCCUUCACUGUGGCCGGCCUAUACGCCCAACGUGACUCUGGCGUUCUUGAAAUCAUUCAGCGUCGUAUGCUCGGACUCAGUUUGGCCCUAUGAGUGGCUCGAGUCUGUGCGCUUUCCCGCGCUGAAGGAGUUUUCGCUGGAGGAGAGGUUCGGACCGACGUUCGAUUGGCCUCUCCAAGCUGUCACAAAACUCGCGGACUGCGCGCAAGGACUGGAGGAGCUCUACCUGACGCGGAUAGACUUGAGCCCAUUUUAUCGCGAGACUCGCAGGAUCUUGAGUCUCAUGCCCAACCUGCGAAUCUUGAUGCUCGACGGCGUCAGCACCAAUCCUUACAGUAUCCUCCAGAUGCUUCUCAAGCCUAGCCACGUUCCGCAGGAAUCUUCCAGCUUGCCGCUGCUCCCACGACUGGAGAUCCUGCGCAUCGACGACCACGACUGGAAUGCCAUGGACGAGAUUGACGCCUGCCAUGUAUAUUGGUACAUCCUCACCUUCCUCAUACAGCGCUUACAGACGACACCUUUCCGAGAGUUCUCCCUUACCUGGUCUACCUACCAACUCAGCAUGAAGGAGAUGCCGAUGGAAAAAUGUCACGACGACAUACGGAAGUUGGCAAACCUGAUAAAAGCGUGCAGUUCCUACGCGAGUGUGGAGAUCACGGAGCUGCAGGAAGCGAAUGAACUGGCGAAGCGGUGGAUGUUCGAGAAUGGAAUAUGCAUGAACUACAUUCACCAUCGCAGCUAUUGA